CAUUUUUUGUUUUGCUAUACUAUGGCAAUUUAUUCAAUUUAUUUUAAAUUUUUCAUAAUAUUUUCAAAAUUAAUACUCGUUGAUAUUAGUAGCUGAAACACAGAUUUAUUAUGGAGAAUUUGAGCAAAACCUGUGAAUCUGGAUAAACCCUGACUACCCAAGUGUUUAACCCCCUGAAGCUCUUUGGUCUAAUUUGUCAGCAUAUAUCAAAUAUAUCAGUAUACCAGUGUGCAGGUAGACUUUUAGGUGUUAAUAUCCCCUUUAACUAGAAUGAUGAUGAUGAUAAAAACAAAUUUAUAAUUAUUGUAUUAACUCUUUCUAUUGGUAUAAAUUCAGGUAAUUGAGGGGUUAUGUAAGGGAGCUCUAGUGUAUUUAAAUUUGAAUGGGAAGAUAGGAAGGAAUAUUAACUGGCUGUUAGAACAUCAGAACUCUAGCUUGUGUUAUGGCUCCGAUACUUAUAAUCUACUCUACUGUAAAAAAAGAGUUGCUGGCACACAAGUAAAACAGAUUAUCAUCUAAAUGUAGACAUCAUUUUUAUUACUAAGAAAAAGCUUUUUUUAAGUCACCAAGUCCCCCACCUGAAGUAGAUCUGCCAGAAAAAUUAUCUACACCAGUAAUCAUGGUGGUGAUAAGCAUGUUGUCUCAUUGACUUGUCUACAUAAGCCAACAGUGAACAUAGAUCCCUGAGAAUUUUAUUUCUGUGGGAUACAUAAAUCUUCAUUUUCUGUGUGUUUAUGCCCAUCCUUCCUUCCUUUAAACACCUCACCAUGACUACAGAGCAAUGACACCUUCUCUAGUGGACCUUUAGGAUUCUCCCAGGGUGUGAGAGAACAAAAGCUUCAGCUUGGAAUGGCAACAGACAUCUCUUGCAAAUUGUUGGAAAUAAAGUUUUAAGUAGUUGAGUGUUACCACUGGGCAUUUUUUUUCAGUGGCACACUACCUGAAAGUUGUUGACCUCUGCUACAUAGAUACUGAUGUUCACAGCAUAUUUUGACACAAAAAUGCCUUGGCUGAACCACAUCGGUCUAAAAUUACCUUGCAGAGACACUGCAUGGCUGAAUUACGUCACAAUUAUAUGACUUCUAAGCUGGUGGCAAAAACAUGCUGUGCAAGCAAGUGUGCAUUUAUUUAUGCACUUGUGAAACUAUUUACAGCCUUCUGAAUAGCACAAGUUUCCUGACACUGAAAACAUCUACUUGCUUAUCUGGGUGACAAGUUAUCAGACCGUGUGUAUCCGUAGGAGAUACGAAGGCCCCAGGGAGUUUGGGGUAGACUCCAUUCACGGUGACCCCCGUGUACCUGGGUGACCACAUACCACGCUGGAAUCACCCUACUCAUGCUCCUUUUCCAUGCUCUGCCGCCUUCACCAUCCCAGAGGUCGGUGUUUUCCUCUGGGCGCUGCGCUGCGGAGCGUCCCCAGCCCGUGUCUCUUCCUCUCGGGACCUGCGUGGCGCGGAGCCUUUGGCGCAGCGGCUGAGACUCGGCGGGCGCCCAGAGCAUCGCGCAGGGGGCGGAACGGGACGGGAGGGAACAGGGGGAAGGGGAGCGAGGGUCUCUCCCAUCCCGGGCUGGGCCAAUGGAGCGGGAGCGCUGGAGGAGCCGCGCCCGGCGCUGGGCAGGAGUCCCUGCGGAUGUAGCUCACCUGCCGCUCCAGCAGGAAGGAGGCUAAUCCCAUCGCUCGGUCAGCGGCACCCCGCCCGCAGGUGAGGCGGCGAGCCCUGGCCGGCCGGGCCCCGGCGGCACAGCAUGUCCGUAACAGAUCAAGCCUUUGUGACCCUUGCAACUGAUGAUGUGUACUGUCAAGGUGCUCUCGUUCUCGGACAGUCAUUGAGGAACCAUAAGACAUCCAGAAAAUUGGCAAUUCUAAUUACUCCAGAGGUUUCCAGUGGGAUGAGGUCAGUCCUCAGCAGUGUAUUUGAUGAAGUGAUUGAGGUGGAUGUGCUUGACAGUGCUGACUCAGUCCAUCUGGCUCUGAUGCAGAGGCCAGAACUGGGUGUAACCUUCACUAAGCUUCGUUGUUGGACUCUUACUCAUUACAGCAAAUGUGUCUUCAUGGAUGCAGACACUUUGGUACUUUGCAAUGUUGAUGAGUUGUUUGAUCGGGAAGAGUUUUCUGCAGCUCCUGAUUCUGGCUGGCCCGACUGUUUCAAUAGCGGUGUAUUUGUGUUCCGGCCCUCCUUAAAGACUUACAACCUGCUGCUCCAGUUUGCUGCUGAACAUGGCAGCUUUGAUGGAGGUGAUCAAGGCUUGUUGAACAGCUUCUUCAGCAAUUGGGCAACAGCAGAUAUUGGCAAACACUUGCCUUUCCUCUAUAACUUAAGCAGCAGCUCUGUAUACACCUAUGCUCCUGCUUUCACUCAUUUUGGUAGAGAUGCCAAAGUUGUUCACUUCAUGGGAGCAGCAAAGCCCUGGAACUACAAAUACAACCUUCAAACAAAGAGAGUUAUGCAGGACAGCACCACCUCUGGAUCUUUUCACCAACUGUCGUUUCUUGCCCUCUGGUGGAAUAUCUACAGUGCCAGUAUAUUGCCUUUGUUGGAAAAAGGUGUUCAAAAGAUGGAAGAAUCAGAAUCUGAGGAAUGCAAGCAUGCUUUCAAUGGAGUUGAAGUUACCCUGAAGAAGGUCAGUUCUUAUGUGGCCAGUUCUCUGCAAAAGCCUGAGCUCCCAGAGUGGACAAAUGAAGUAAAUCCCACAGCAUGCUCAGCUGAGGAACUCGCUUUCAAAGCUCAACUCGUAUAUGAAGUUGAACCACAAGAUUCUAACAUCCAUCUCUCUGAGCCUGGCAGACCUUCAGAACAACCUGUAUUUCAACCUACAUUUCAGGAAACCUCAGAAAUGAACGAGGUUACACAUUCUGUUUCAGAGCUGUCUAUUCACUUCAAACCAGCAAAACCAACUCCAGAAGAUGAACGGAGAAAAUGGGAGGAAGGGCGCAUGGACUAUAUGGGGAAAGAUGCUUUUGAACACAUCAAAAAGAAAUUGGAUGCAUUUUUACACUAAGACAGGGUGUACUGUUAUGCCCAUCGUGAUGGAUUUUUUUUUAUAAUUCAAUUCAUGAAUACUUGGUUUAAACAGUUCAGCUGACACCAGUUAGAGGUUCUUAUGGAUCCUUAUACAUUCUUGGGGGACCUUAAAAGAUACAGAAUCUUGGUUUUUAACUGAUAAAUGUGCCUCAACUUUAUUGUUACGUGUGUCUCAUCUUCAUUGUACUCACACAGUGCCUUCUAAAGCAUAAUGAAUGGUACCUUUCUGAGUAUGAACUCUCAUGUAUUUAUCACACUUCCCUGAUGCACCAUCUGCAUUCUGCAGAAACAGUCAU